AAUAUAAAAUAUAUUUUAGCCGGUAAAGCUUAAAUGGAGUAGGUAAUUUACACGAAUCAAUUUGGAAGGUGUCUUAGAAGAGAGGUGAAGCAACCCACAUCAUCCACCUAAGAGUAAGGACCGUAAACAGAGAUACCUUUUUCCUUUCCUUUUCCCUCAUUUUCUCUUGGCCUAAACAAAAACAAAAAAAGAAAAAAAGAGCUUUGUGUUGCAGACCCAGAAAUGAUGUCAAAACAAGCAAUGUUUCCAUACUAUUUCCCUGAAGAAAUCUUCCUUGAAAUCUUCUGUAAACUACCUGUGAAAUCCCUGGGGAAAUGCAUGUGUGUUUCUAAAGCCUGGAAUUCUCUCAUCAAGAACCCAUAUUUUAUUUCCAGCCAUGUGAGCCAUCAGUCAAAGCUUCGUCGCACAAAAGACAACAAUCUAUUCUUUGUCAUGACUGGCCGCCAUGAAGUGGAAUACUCUCUGCAUUCUGAUGACCAAGAAUUCAGAAAGUACGCCCAGUUAGAGUACAUGCCUUUUGAUAACCAUCAUUCUAUUGUUGGUGCUUGCAAUGGGUUGCUUUGUUUGAUGGACUUUCAGUUUAGUUUCGAUAGCAUCUUCAUUUUAUGCAACCCAAUUAUUCGGAAGUCUAUUACGCUACCAAAACCAUGUUUGUCUAGUUUGCCAUAUAAAAUAUCCGUUGGGUUUGGAUUUGAUUCAGCACAAAAUGACUAUAAACUUCUGAAAAUCACUAAGAAAGGUGUGCUAGACAAGUAUGUUGAGGUUGAACUUUACUCACUCAAAAGGAAUUGCUGGAAAAUAUUAGCCCCACCAAAAUAUGAUCUUUAUUCUGAUGAUUUCAUGGUUUAUGUGAAUGAAACUGUUCAUUGGAUUGCUUAUGAGAGAGUGAAUAAUGAAGGGAGUUAUAGUUGUAAGCUUUUGAUUUUGGGUUUUGAUAUGAGGGAUGAUGUUUUUAAAGAGAUUAUGUUGCCUGAGAGAUUGAGGAAUUUGCCCCAUCAGUCAGAGAUCUAUGUAAUUCCAUAUGAUGAAUUGUCAUCAAUUGCUGUGAUUGAAUUGGGGUCUUUACAUGCCGAGUGUGAUAUAUGGGUGAUGAAGAAGUAUGGUGUCGUAGAAACAUGGACUAAGAUGUACAGUUUAGGAAAACUGGGGACGGAGCCAAUGCCGAGGGUUCUGGGGUUUAGGAAAAAUGGGGAUUUGAUGUUGAGAACUUAUAACAAUCUAAGAUUGAUUUCCCGUGAUCCGGAGAGCAAUGAAAUCGAUUAUUUUGGAAUUCAAGGCAGACGUACUUAUGUUUGUAAUUAUACGGAGAGCCUAGUGUUACUUGAUCGAGUAAUUGAUGAUGCUAUGACUGAGAAUCGUGCAAACUAUGCGGGUAAUGCUAAUCGUUCAACUGAGUGAGCGGCUUAUGGAUUUACUGAACUUGCCGCCAAUGAUGAAGCAAUUAAUGAUUCGAGUUGUGUAAGAAGAAUGUACAAGCAAUGAACUCUGAGUGAGGGAGCAGGAUAACAGCUUAGAACAGGCAAGGACACUUGGCUAUUUUUUGAACUAUGCUCUAUUUUGUUGAUUUCUCUAUACAUUUAACCAUUUGAAUCUAAAAAAUUUACUGAAUUUGACUCAA